CGUAAGAAGAAACCAGAAUCCCGUCUCUCUUCCUUCUUUAGUAGCGCUUUUAAUAUCAACUCCUCCAAAGCCACGAAAGCCUUCCAGAAUAAUCUAAUCACCUUUGAAACCAAACUUCCCUUAAUCUUACACCAUUCUCGCUCAACUCUCUCUUCCAAGGGAAAAUGGGCCGCUCAAGCCGUACGCUCUAUGUGGGCAAUCUGCCUGGUGACACACGUUUGAGAGAAGUCGAAGAUUUAUUUUACAAGUAUGGGCCCAUUGUUGAUAUUGACUUGAAGAUCCCACCAAGGCCACCUGGUUAUGCUUUUGUUGAGUUUGAGGAUCCUCGUGAUGCCGAAGAUGCAAUCCGUGGUCGAGAUGGCUAUGACUUUGAUGGGUAUUAUUUACGGGUUGAACUUGCUCAUGGUGGUCGAAGGCCGUCAUCAUCUGUGGAUCGUCAUAGCAGUUACAGUGGUAGCAGUAGCCGCGGACCUUCCAGACGCACUGACUAUCGUGUUCUGGUGACUGGUUUGCCUUCUUCUGCCUCAUGGCAAGACCUAAAGGAUCACAUGCGCAAAGCGGGGGAUGUUUGUUUCUCUCAAGUGUUUCGUGAUCGUGGAGGCAUGACAGGGAUUGUAGAUUACACAAAUUAUGAUGACAUGAAAUAUGCUAUAAGGAAGCUUGAUGACUCUGAGUUUCGGAAUGCUUUUAGCCGGGCUUACAUACGGGUGAAGAAAUAUGAUUCAAGAUAUGAUUCUAGGCGCAGCUACUCUAGAAGUCGUAGCCCAUAUAGUCGAAGCCCCAGUCGUAGCCGCAGUUAUAGUAGUAGGAGCAGGAGCAGGAGCAAGUCUCCUCGGGCCCGAUACACCAGUCAGUCUCCAUCUGUAUCUAGAUCGGUUUCACCAUGUUCCCAUUCAGUGUCACCAGCCCGCUCCUAUUCAAGAUCUCGCUCCAUAUCCAGAUCACCAACUCCAUCUCCUCGCAGUAAACAUGUAAGCAGAACUCCACCAAACCGCAGCCCUAGCUGGAGCCGGAGUCGCAGUUUAUCUCGUUCUCGUUCGCCAUCGGUGAAAUCUGAUUGAAAUUGGAUUGAGCUGCGAGGAUCACAAGAUUAUCUCUUUUAGCUGAUUGUAAUAUUUUCUUAGCAUGAACUAGAGUUUAUAUUCACAUUUUGACCAAUCAUGCAUGGUAGUUUUGAACUUUAGCUGGAUUAUAACAUCAACUGCUGCAUCAUGAUUCAUCAUUAUGGCUUGUACUUCAUAAUUGAAUCCUUGAAUUUAUACCCACUUGUAUGGAUCUUCUUUCUUAAACCCUCCAUAUCCACCCGGUUUUUACUGCA